AUGACCCUUGCGAUACGGUCUGUACAAAACACAGAAGAGUCUCACUAUAGCUAUGACCCCUCAUUGGUAGUUGCAAUAGUGGCAGCCGUUCUUUAUGGCAUCGCAUUUCUUCUCACUUUGAUUCAGUGGGUUCGAUACAAAUCAUGGGUCUGGCUAACUAUGGUGGUCGCAGCUGCGAUGGAAGCAAUUGGUUAUAUUGCCCGAUGCAUUUCGACUCAAAACGUCACCGAAAAAUCUGUUUAUGUUCUCCAGUUCGCGCUCAUCAUUCUUGCCCCGGUCCUCAUGGCAGCCUGCUGCUACGUCUUGUUUGGCCGAAUUAUUUUUCUUGUUGUCCCUCGCGAAUCUCGAACAUUCAAACUCUGCUGGGUUCCUCCUCGAUUCAUCACUCCACUCUUCGUCGGCUUCGACAUUGUUGCUCUAUUUCUUCAGUUAGUAGGUGCUGUGAUGCUUUCAUCUGUCAGCGUAGGUGAUACAGGUGCAGCUCAGAAAUUGGAUAGAGGAAAAUCUAUUGCCCAAGCAGGCGUCAUCAUUCAGCUGGUCGCAUUCGGCAUGUUCUCCGUCGCUGCCGUUCGCUUCAACUUCACUUCGAAGCGAUUCGCCAAAUCCAUUUCUGAGCGAUACGAGAGCUCAGGAGAAAAGUCAUAUAUUAUUGAUGGUCUUGUGAAGAAGAAACAUUGGCCAGCCUUACUGCGGGUUGUCAACUUUACCACCCUGUUAAUUUUGGUUCGUUCAAUCUAUCGUCUGGUUGAAUUUACGGAGGGUACAACUGGUUACCUCAAUACUCACGAGUGGACCAUGUACGUCUUUGAUGCACUAGUGAUUUACCCAUGUGUCGCUCUUUACGUCUACUGGCACCCUGGCAAGUAUUUGCCGUAUCUCGGGUUCCAGGCCACCAUGGAGGGACUCUUCACUCUGCUCGUUCUGAGCAUUGUGAUGGCAAUUACAUCCUUUGUCGUCGGCUCAUUACCUCUCGCGUUUACAUUGUCCCCCUCUCAACUACGGCUGAUAUCCUCCAUCGGCAUGGGUGUGCUGGUCGGCACAUCCUUGAUUGUUAUUAUUCCAGAGGGUAUUGAAACCCUCUACAGCGCCAAAACUAUUAGCAAGCAAAGCCUCAAUGCCCGAGCGACUACCGUUGAAUGGCAGGCUCGCAACCUCCCCGUGGCCAGUAUUCCGGCGCUAAAUGACGACGACGUUUCUUCGUCCACCACCACCCCCGUUUCGUUCCUAUCACUCAAUAAUGCGGACUAUGAAACACCCCUGGUCAGCCGGGACCAGGCUUCCGCCGACUCAGAAGUACUCCGAAUUCGCAAGGAGGAAUCAUCGAGCGACAAGUCAAGCCAGGAAGAGGAAGAGCAUGAGCAUGAGAGUUCCCCGCAUGCCUGGGUCGGUAUCGCCCUGGUUAGUGGCUUCAUUCUGAUGUACCUUAUCGACAAAUUGCCCGAAUUUGCAUCACCGACCAAACCGGAACGACAGCCCUACCACAUCUCUCUUGAUAACCUCGGCUCUGGACUGCGACGCAACUCCUCGCCCAUCCGUGACGGAGGCCUCUUGGAUGCAGGACAAAGCUCCCGCCGCGGCCACAGCUUUGCAACCACAAUGGGCCUGGUGAUCCAUGCCGCGGCUGAUGGUAUCGCCCUGGGCGCUUCGAGCUCGGAUACUGGGCUCAGCUUCAUCAUUUUCUUGGCUAUUAUGGUGCACAAAGCCCCGGCUUCAUUUGGUUUAACAUCAAUUCUGCUCAAGCAGGGACUGUCCAGCCGGACUGCGAGGGCGCAUUUGCUAGUCUUUAGCUUGGCGGCCCCCGUUGGUGCAUUGGCUACUUUCCUCUUCGCCCAAAUGAUGGGAUCAUCCAACGGCGACGAGGCUGCUGCUCACUGGCGGACUGGUAUGCUUUUGCUUUUCUCGGGUGGUACCUUUUUGUAUGUUGCGAUGCACACCAUGCAAGAGAACGGCCCUGGAUCGUCUUCGCGGACACUUCCUGUGAAUGGCUACGGUGAUUCUAGAGAGCAGAGCGGAGAAGACAAGUCGAUGCGAGAUUUGAUUGCUUCGGUGCUUGGCAUGAUUUUGCCGCUGUUCUUGCAGAUCGGACAUGCCCACUAG